CUGGCUGAAACAACAAAAGUUGUUUUUUUAAGGUAUUUUUGGAAUAUUCAAAUGUAAACACAAUAAUGUCACUAAACAAUUUACAAACUGACAAGAAACAGUGACAAAUUCACAUUUUAUUAAACCCAAAUCUACAGAAGAAUUAAACAUUUCUUUAUGAUCUACCAUUUAUAUAAACCUCACAACAUUUUUGAAAAGCCAAAGUAUUGUUUAUCCUUAUCUUGAUGGUCCAUCUGCUGUAACCCACCCAUUCCAGCAUGAUGCAUGAAGUAUUUGCAGAUGACACUGCAGACUGUCUGCACAGCAAAUGCUCUGACCCCACCUCAAUACCCAACAGUUGUUGAUUGAGUGGAAGCAUGUCCAAGCCUGCAAUACAAUGAAGUCAAGUCACGUUUCUGAUGCUUUACAUCAUAAAAACAUCAUACAGUCACCAAUUAUAGUGCAAGUAAUAAACAUUACAUGUUGUCAAAUACCAUUAUCGAAAUCAUCAAGCAAAUAAACAUCAAAUGUGUUGGUCAGUGUUCCACAGAUGCCAAAGUAGAAAGAUGCUGCAUAUUUUGUAUCAGUUUUAGAUACAAAGAUACUUCUUAUAGUUAGGCAGCAGAAACAGAGGAAAUAACUGUAACAAAGGAGUAUUCAUCGAAAUGAAGGUGAGAACAGCCCUCAAGCACUAAAGACAGAGCAACAGUGCACCUCCUAUUAAACUCUUGGGCUCAUUUCGCCUGUGGCAUUUUCUUCUUUUUUUAUAUAUAUAUUGUUGGAUUUAAUAUAAACAGAACUCAAAUAUUUGAAAACUAUGAAGUCAUAAUGCAUCUUUUUGGGACCAAUGUUGUCCCAAAAGACCAUGUUUUUUUGGUGUCAUGUUGCCAGUGUGCUGGUCUACACACUGGCAACAUGGGGCCAGUAUGUAGACCUCUACCUAUCAAUGCUCUGUAAUUUGCUUGAAUAAAAUAUUUACUUUUGGGGGAAAAUAUGGCACCAUAACUGGCUCCAGGCCAGGGGAUCUUGUUCUUCCAAAUUCAGCCCUAAUUACACCUGCUUUAUACUGUACUUGCAGAGUCACCCAGCAGUCAAUGGGCCAGAGUCACCCAGCAGUCAAUGGGCCAGAGUCACCCAGCAGUCAAUGGGCCAGAGUCACCCAGCAGUCAAUGGGCCAGAGUCACCCAGCAGUCAAUGGGCCAGGGAGAGGUUGCCGGUUUAUUCACAGGGUCACAUAGAUGUACAUGUGUAGUGAGACCUAAUGGCAAAUUUAGAGAAGCCGAUUAACCAAUUAUAUAGGUUUUUUUACACUGUGGGAGGAAGCCAGACUACAGAGAAUGUCUAAACUCCAUGAAAAGGGUUAGUGAACCUGUAUUUCAACCACAUUUCAUUAUACGUGAGUUGAGCUCUUUAUAUGGUGUUUAGUCUUCCCAGAAACACGAGCCACGAUUGGGCAGAAUCUGUUUGUGUUUGAUGUUUCUGCUCUCUAAACAUCCGUCCAAGCCACAGCGCCUUUCAUCCUGUCACAGAGAUCAAACUUCUCACAGCUCUUAUCUGAUUUUUCAAAUGACUGUAAAUGUCUAGACGACAAGGUACUUUAAAGUUAUCUGAUAAAACUGUUAAUGCAAUAAACAAGUGCAUUGUAACUGCAAAACAAAUGUGAAUUGCAGCUGGAGUAUUAAAAGUGUUUGACCCAGUUCAAGUGUUGUACAGUGUUACUGCUGCUUUGGCAGCAACUAGCAAUAAUUAUGUCAGCCAAACGGCCUCCUUACUGUCAUGGCCUCCUUACUGUCAAACUACAAACUGACUGCAGCUGCCUCAGAGCUAAUCUUGUGCGUCAUGAGGUGUAGAAAUGAAAACAAGCCUCGAUCCAGUCUUGUGGUUUUUUACUUUGAAUCACAACCACAUCACUUCUGGGUAAAAGAGAGAGAGGAAAUUUAAGAUGUGCUGCUGGCUGAUGCAGCGUUGCACACACCUGUCUGUGCAGCUGUGUGUACGACCACAGCUGGAUGACAGUCAGUCAGUUGGACUGGAUUUGGUGGAUUCUUUUGAAGGAGAACCAUUUCUUUGUUGUCACAAACGAGGCUUCAAUGAAACCAGAACAGUUUUCCGUGGCUCAUUGUGUGCGCCUCUCUCCUGUCUCUGCAGUUCUUCCUGAGACUUCCUCGUUCCUGUUCCACCUGCUGCUUCUGACUGAGCUGUUAGUCCGAUCUUCAUCUCUUCCCAUCCGCAGCUCCUCCCACUGUGGAUUUUUUGGAUCGAUGAUCCAUCAGGUGGAAAGUUUGAUGAACUUAUCGAGAAAAAUCCAUCAGCUGAAAACAGAAGACCUCGAACACUUUGAAGAUGCCAAAUUCAGUCUGGAUAGCCUUCCUAACUUGUAUCACACUGCUGACCAUCUUAAGUCAUUGAAGGUUAAUGAAUCCCUCACUCAGAUGUAUGGAUACACUCAGUCCUUCAAACUGCAUAUCGACUGGUUGAAGGUUGCUAAAGAAAAUGUCAGUUUGCCUUUCCAGACAGAAGAGGGCGCCAGCUCUCACCUUCUGCAGUUGUCCAAUCUCAUUGAAAAAUGUUUUCAUCCGCAAAACAAUGAGGCUCUUCCGUCAACGGCACCCAACCUUCCUGUUGUCUCCAACGCCUUUGGUGCCCUUGUGUACUCUGUAGAAAUUUCUGACAGGUUAAAAGUUUUCUGUGUGUGGUCAAAAAGAGUCUUACGGUACUUCCAGAAGCAUUCUUAAAAAAAAGGUCUCGCAGCCUUUUCGGAGGCAGUCCUGCUAUUCUAGACAGUGUAAGCCUUAAAGGGCAUUAAAACAUCUUCCACAAAAAAAACCACUGCUAACUCCAGAAUGUUUUUAAGCAAUAUUAUGUCAUGUUAGUGGACUACCUCAAGAUGGCAGCAUUAGGUAAUCUGCUGUGGUGGUGCUGACCCAAACAUCUCAGCUACAACCCACUGGAUUACUAUGAAAGCUUAAAUUAGGAUAAAAAUACUUUUUAUUAACUUUAUUAUCCACUUUUUUCUAAGCCCAGCUGUAGUUUAGAAAUGUGAUUUUCCAAAAGAUUCCCCAUAUUGACAAGACUGUUAAAAACUCAUCAAAACAAGUUCACAAGAAAACUUAACGUUUUAUGCAUUUUUUCUGCAAAAAUGUCAGUUUGCUUGGUUUUAUCAACAGAAGUGAAAUGGUGAGAAUAAGGAACCUGUCUGGCAGCUUCAUUCACUCCAGACAUGAUUUUGGUUUGCAUUUAAUUGAAGUAUUUAAAUGAUAUUUUCGAAAUGAUUUAAGAAUAAUUUUACCAUGCUUAAUGAAAAGCUACUCUCACUGCAUUAUGACAAUUUUAGUUCAUACAUAAUUGGCAUAUUAGGCUUCAAUCAUCACAGAGGACUUUUUUUUUUUUUUUGCAUUUUUACCUUUUAUCCAUAUGUGAAAAGUAUUUUUAGAUAAAAAGUUUUAGAAAUAGAUAAACUGAGAAGAUACAGAAAUUAUAGUCUAUUUUUCUUAGACCGUUUUGCAUAUAUCUAAAUAUCACCCACUGGAAACAAACAAAUAUGCCCAAUUUCUUAUUAUUUUUCCUGCGCUUCUGACAUCAUUAUGCAUCAGCUGUGCUGUGAUUAAUAAUCAAUAACAAAAGGUUUAAAAAGGUUACUUUCAGUUAUUUUACCAGAAUUUCCAGCAUUGCUCAGACUGUUCUUUGCUUGAAUGUAUUUCUUUUGCUGGUAUCAACAUCACUAACCAUGAGUGUGGCAUGACUGUUUCACCAUCUGAUUAAAUGUUUGCCAAAUGGAAAGAAAUGUCUGUUUAAGAAAUGUAUGAUGAAUAGUGUUGAUGCAUAAAUCUAUGCAAUGGGCUUCUUAAUGCUAGUAGUAUCAGAACCAUCUCCAUUUGAUGUGACUGAGGUCAGUGGUGCGUUGUUUACAAAGUAUUUUUUUGAACAGGUUGUCAUAUGAAUUUCUUUUAAAGGAAAGCAGAAUGUAGGUUUGUCUUGUAGGCUUGAGGAAAUGUAUAUUUUUCUUUUACAUGUAGCCAUUUGAACUGUACUCAUGCACUGUGCCGAGGUAGUGUCACCUUCGACCUUUACUCCCACUGAGACUGUUUACACUCACAGUGCCUGCCAGGUGUUGAUCAGAAUGAUGAACCGAGUGAUACGAAAUAUGGAUUCUGUAAGAACUCUUCUGUUAUAUUUUUUUAACCUAUUUAGAAUGCUAUUUAUCAGUUUUUAUAUUUUGUAUUUCAGCUUUGAGAUGCAGGCAUCUCAUUUUUUUCAAUAAAUAUUGUUUUAUGUCAUAUAUAA